CUGUCUGAGAGCAGACAGGCGAUUCCAGGCUCUGGAAUCUAGUUUGGUUGGCUCUCCUGACUGUACAAUCAUUUUCAUAAAGAUCCCACCUCUCAUCAGACCUGCUGCUAAAGCAGGUACAUUCCAGAGCAUAAAUGCUUCCAGACACGAAGAUGUAUCCCUUAUCAACCAGACCCUCAARUAAGAGUGGGCUCAAGACACUGCCUGUUGUGAUCAUAGGGAAUGGACCUUCAGGCAUCUGUCUGUCAUAUUUGCUGUCAGGUUACACCCCUUACUUCAAAAGACACUCUGUUCAUCCUCAUCCUAUUCUUCAGAGGAAACUGGAAGAGGCACCAGAAGUCUCCAUUUUGGACCAGGAUUUGGAGUAUCUGUCUGAAGGYUUGGAGGGACGAUCCCACAGCCCUGUGGCUCUCCUGUUUGAUACUCUUCAGCGUCCAGACACRGACUUUGGUGGGACAGCAGAAUCUGUGCUCACCUGGUGGCAGGAGCCUGACAGAGCCAUCCCCCACCUGGUCCUUGGCAGAAAUGCUCCUGGAGGUGCCUGGCACUCUAUAGAAGGCUCUAUGGUUACCCUGAGCAGAGGGGAAUGGAUGGGACUGCCAGAUCUCCCUUUCAAAGAAUGGUUGAAGCAAAAGAAAAGAGGCCUCAGAAACAAUAGAGCCACAGCACAGGACAUUGCUCAAUACUACCAACACUAUGUGAWGAGGAAAGGACUGCACAAGAAUUUCAAAUGUGGCACUGUUGUGACCUCUGUGAGGAAAGUGGGCACAGAGACCAGAAAAGAUCUGCAGGAGGAUGRUGACUCACUCUGGAGCUCCAAUGAGCAAAGGGCAGAGGUGUUUCAGGUGGAUGGWUUUUUCAAAACUAUGGAAGGUGAUAAGGAGCCCUUCUCCAUCUAUGCAGAGAAUGUGGUCUUGGCUACAGGAACGUACGACAAUCCCACCUGGCUCGGGGUCCAGGGAGAAAACCUUUCCUAUGUCCACCACCAGCUGUCUGCCCUGGAAGAAGCAGUGAAGAACAACAGUGUUGGCAUCAUGUCAGAUCCAGUCUUGAUUGUAGGUGCUGGUCUGACAGCUGCUGAUGCCAUUCUCUUUGCUCACCACUGCAAUAUCCCAGUAAUCCAUGUUUUUCGGAGACGAGUCAGCGAUCCGGGCCUGAUUUUUAACCAGCUCCCCAAAAUGAUGUACCCYGAAUACCACAAAGUCCAUCAGAUGAUGAAAGAACAGACAGCUGCCUGUGCUGGGCCCUAUGAGCGUUACAUCAGCCUUCCUGAGCAUCACGUGCUCUCCUUUGGCAAGGACAAGAAAUGCAUCUUCCAAGACAAGAAUGGCUGUCAGAAAGCUUAUAAAAUUUCCAUGGCUCUUGUUCUGACGGGCUCAAACCCCAACCUCUCCUUUCUGCCAAAUGAUGGCAUUGACCUGGCAAUGGACAGUGAGCAGCCARUCAAUCCCAAGAGGAAUCCCAUAGAUGUGGAUCCAUUCACCUAUGAAUGCACUCAGGAGAAAGGGCUCUAUGCUCUGGGACCUCUGGCAGGAGAUAACUUUGUUCGCUUCGUGCAGGGAGGGGCUCUGGCUGUUGCCAGCUCUCUGUUAAAGAAAGCCAACAAAAAUCCCCCCUAACGAAAAUCCCCAACCCUUUAUUACCUGUGUCUGGAUGGCUUAGUGCUCUUUCCAUGGAGCAGCAAGUCAUCUGAUUGGUACUUCCUCAAAUCUAAAGCCCAUUGCUGGUGUUCUCCAAGGUUCUACAGAGAGUUAAGUUCUUGCUGGGAGUUACUCGAGAAGAUUAAGUGACCAAAUUCAGGGUGGGUUUCUCACACAGCAGUAUCUUCAAUUCCUGGGAAUUCAGCUCCUUUUCUGCAUAGCUGUGCACGGUUACUGGGACUGAAUCUUGUGCCUGGAAAAGCAAGGGGCAAGAUAGGAAUUGCUCUUCUUUCUAGGUGACUGAAAAUUGGAUUGAGGAAUCAAUGCUAAUUAUUUUCAGAUAGCAGGCUCACAACACUGUGUCUGUUGGUGCCUUACAGUGUUUUGUCAAUGAAACAAAGUAAACUGACCUGGUUUUAUUUGCUCCUGUGRUUUGGCUGUAUGUUCUUGUUAGAAAUCACUGACAGCUGCUGCAGGUACCUCUUUGGCACAUGAAGGGAUCCUCUGCAAGUAAAAACUGACAGGCAAACAUCCUAAACUAUUGUCUCACUGACACCAGCAACAAGUAAUAUGUGAUAUUAAAAAAAAAAAAUCAAGAGAUUCCUGUGGUGGGUUUUUCUCUUUCCUGAAAAGGAAUGGUAGUGAUUUKUAGACACUUGGUUUGCCAUCCUACAGCUUCCUAAAAUGAAAUUCCUAAAUUCUAAAACUGCAGUAGCCAAAUUCUUGGCAGYUGCUGUAGAGACAAACACAACUGAAGGGGAGCUUCUGGUCUGUCUUGGAGCUGCCCAGGUACUGUAUGGRGCUUCUGCUGCACAGAGUACCUUGGAAAGGUGCAAUAUGUUAUAUACUGGGUGCAUUUCUAAUGUAUUAUGAUUUUUUUUAAAAAAAAUACUAUUUUGUAUAAGAGGGGAAAUGGCACAGUCACUUUUUGGUAGCUUUAUGCUAUAUAUAUAUAUCUCAACUUUUUUAUACUGGCCUUUUAAAAGAUUUUUAUUGGCAGWCUAUUUUGUUACAGUUUUUCAGUCAGUGUUCUGAAUGAGCUGGGCUGGAUGGGAAUGAUGCCUUGUGUUGCAAACAGAGCUUUUCAACAGAGCUAMAGGGCCUUUCAUACCUCUCACAGGAAAAAUUGCAGUCAUAGCUAAUUUUAUUUGAUGUAAAGACAGACUGCUCCCUGUGCUGCACUGAAACUCACUGACAUCACAAGUCUCUGAAAAACUGAGUGUAAUGAGACAGUAGCUCUCUGUGAAUGAAUUGGCCUCAAGUUGAGAUGUGGGAGGAGCUUGUCUGUGGUGUUACUGUUUCACACUUGAAUAUUUUUUCUGACUGACUAUUCUUGUAUGAAACUUUCCAAUAAAGUAAUUUCAUACU